AUGACCGCAACUGCAACUCGGAAUGAUAUACAAUGUAUUCUGAAGUCAUUGAGGUUGAAGAACUGCAAAUUCAUUGUUGCCAAUCCGGACAGGAAAAAUAUUUCUGCAAAGGAAAAGAUGUUGAUGCCAUUCAAUCAAUUUUGAUACUAAUUGCCAUAGGGCUCUUAGAAGAAAAGAUUACUUAUCCACUAACUAUUGUUUUAUCAUUACGAUUAUGUGGAUUUGCUUACAAGCUUUUUGACUAGCAUGUUCUUGGUAAUGAACAGUAUUUCGCUCCUGGUUCCACUUCAAUUCCUUGCAACAGACUGUUUGUGCAAUUCCAUGCCCCACAAACCACUCAGAUAAAGGAAGAAAUCCUGAAGCAACUUUGUUCCGGUGAAAGUGUUCUUCAUGUUGUUUUUGCAACUGUUGCUAUAGGAAUGGGUGUUGACAUUCCAGACAUUCGAGAAGUUAUCCAUAUAGGACUACCAAGUACAGUGAAGGCAUACUUCCAAGAGACUGGACGAGCUGGCAGAGAUGGCAAGCCCUCAACAGCUCUGUUGUAUUACAAUAACAGAGAUGUUGCCAUGAAUCAAGUGGGUAUGCAGGAUGAUAUGUGUACCUUUUGCACUAGUAACAACAUGUCUAAGGAAACUAUUGUUAGAGUCUUUAGAUUAUAA